AUGCGCGCGAUCGACGUUCAGGAUCGGCAUGCCAUAGAUGGGCGGGGCCUUGUCGGUGCGCGCGCGCCGGCCGUUGACCACGUCAUUGGCACCGAUGACCAGCGCGACAUCGACCGCCCCGAAAUCGUCGUUGAUCUCGUCCAUGUCGAAGAUCAGGUCAUGGGGACGCCCGCUUCGGCGAGCAGCACGUUCAUAUGGCCCGGCAUCCGGCCGGCGACCGGGUGGAUGGCGAACUUCACGUCCACGCUCGCCGCCCGGAGCAGCUUGACCAGUUCAGUUAGAGCUUCUGCUGCGCACGGGCUACCGCCGAGCCAUAGCCGGGGACGAUCACCACGCUCCCCGAAUAGCGCAUGGCUUCGUCGCACCGGCGCCGGUGGUGCUCGCCCCGGUUUCACCGAAGUCGCUGAACAGCACAUUGGUCAGGCUGCGGUUCAUCGCCUUGGCCAUCAGCAGCGUCAGCAGCGUGCCGGCCGAGCCCACAACCAUGCCCGCGAUCAUCAGCGCGGGGUUGCCCAACGCAUAGCCCUCCAGCCCGACCGCCAGCCCGUAAAAGGCAUUGUAGAGCGAGAUGACCACCGGCAUGUCGGCGCCGCCGAUCAGCAGGGGUCAUGGCGAUGCCGAACAGCAGCGCCAUGGCGAAGAAUCCGCCGAUCAGCCAUGGCUCCGGCGUUGGGCAGGUCGCGACCAGCGCACCCAGCGCGAGCGCGGCGAGAAUGA